CGUAGAGUUGUCAGCUCUAGCCGGAAGUGGCUGCGGCUGGGCCAGGUUCCGAGUGGGUCUGGUCCCUGCAUCACGGCCUGGCAGUGUGCACGAUGCGGCUGGGCUCCGGGAGCUUCGCUGCCUGUUGCGUGGCGAUCGAGGUGCUGGGGGUCGCAGUCUUCCUUCGGGGAUUCUUCCCAGCUCCCGUUCGUUCCUCUGCCAGGGCAGAGCAUCGAGCAGAGCCCCCGGCGCCUGAACCCUCGGCGGGAUCCAGUUCUAACUGGACCAAGCUCCCACCACCUCUCUUCAGUAAAGUUGUUAUUGUUCUGAUAGAUGCCUUGAGAGAUGAUUUUGUGUUUGGGUCAAAGGGUGUGAAAUUUAUGCCUUACACAACUUAUCUUGUGGAAAAAGGAGCAUCUCACAAUUUUGUGGCUGAAGCAAAGCCGCCUACAGUUACUAUGCCUCGUAUCAAGGCAUUGAUGACAGGGAGCCUCCCUGGCUUCAUUGAUGUCGUCAGGAACCUCAACUCUCCUGCACUACUUGAAGACAAUGUGAUCAGACAGGCAAAAGCAGCUGGGAAAAGAAUAUUCUUUUAUGGAGAUGAAACGUGGAUUAAAUUAUUUCCAAAGCAUUUUGUAGAAUAUGAUGGAACAACCUCAUUUUUUGUGUCAGAUUACACAGAGGUGGAUAAUAAUGUCACGAGACAUUUGGACAAAGUAUUAAAAAGAGGAGAUUGGGACGUGUUAAUCCUCCACUACCUGGGGCUGGACCACAUUGGCCACGUUUCUGGGCCCCACAGCCCCCUGAUCGGGCGCAAGCUCAGCGAGAUGGACGGUGUCCUGAUGAGGAUUCACACCGCGCUGCUGUCGAAGGAGAGAGAGACUCUUUUACCCAAUUUGCUGGUUCUCUGUGGUGAUCAUGGCAUGUCUGAAACAGGAAGUCAUGGGGCUUCUUCCACAGAAGAAGUGAACACACCUCUGAUUUUAAUCAGUUCUGCGUUUGAAAGGAAACCUGGUGAUAUGCGGCAUCCAAAGCGCGUUCAGCAGACAGAUCUGGCUGCGACACUGGCAAUAGGGCUUGGUCUGCCGAUUCCAAAAGACAGCGUAGGGAGUCUUCUAUUCCCAGUUAUAGAAGGAAAACCAAUGAGAGAUCAGUUGAGAUUUUUACAUUUAAAUACAGUACAGCUCAGCAAAUUGUUGCAAGAAAAUGUACCGUCAUAUGAAAAAGAUCCUGGAUUUGAGCAGUUUAAAGUGUCAGAGAAGUUGCAUGGGAACUGGAUCAAACUGUACUUAGAGGAAAAUAAAUCAGAAGUCCUUUUCAACCUGGGGACCAAGGUUCUCAGGCAGUACCUAGAUGCUCUGAAGACCCUCAGUCUGUCCCUGAGCACACAGGUGGCCCAGUACGACAUCUACUCAAUGAUGGUGGGGACUGCGGUGGUUCUGGAGGUUCUCACCCUGCUUCUACUCAGCAUCCCGCAGGCGCUGCACAGAAAGGCUGAGCUGGACAUUUCGCUGUCUUCUCCGGUGAUUUCCCUGCUCUUUUAUUUGAUGUUCCUGGUUCUGUCAGCCUUUCACGUCAUCGUGUGCACCUCUGCUGAGAGCUCGUGCUACUUCUGUGGCCUCCCGUGGCUGGCGGCGUGCGGAGUGAUGGCAUUGAUCUCUGCGCUGCUCUGUGCAAUAAUGUCUGUUCUGACCAAGAUCUUUGUCCGUGGAAGUCUCCCGAGUAAGAAUCCAGCUCAUCCCAACUCAGGGUGGUCAGAGUUAGACCUUCUGAUGGUGUUUGGGACGGUGGGCCACGUCUUGAGUUUGGGUGCCAGCAGCUUUGUGGAGGAGGAACACCAGACCUGGUACUUCCUCGUGAACACCCUGUGUCUAGCUCUGAGUCAAGAAAUCUACAGAAGCUACUUUCUGAGAGAUGACGGUGAGCCUCAGUGUUGCUUCCAUGUGGAACAAGGGUUUGCUGGUGCCACUCCAGCAUUGCAGGACAGGACCGGCUAUGACAUGCAGGAGCAGGACAGAGUGCACAUGAGCUCCUCUCUCUCAGAAGUGCUCAGAGGCCAUGAGAAGUGGAUGGUGCUGGCCAGUCCAUGGCUGAUACUGGCCUGCUGCCGGCUGCUGCGUUCACUGAACCAGACGGGCGUGCAAUGGGCCCACCGGCCUGACUUCGGCCACUGGCUCACCAGCUCUGAUCACAAAGCGGAGCUCUCGGCCCUGGCCGCCCUCUCCCUCCUUGUGACUUUCGUGUUGGUUCAGAGGGGCUGCUCGCCCGUGUCCAGGGGGGCCUUGGCACUGGGGCUGCUGGGCGUCUAUUGCUACAGGGCGGCCAUUGGCAAUGUGCUGUUCCCCUGGCAGCCGGACAACAGAGACAUUUCAAAGGGUAUUAUUGAAGCUCGUUUUGUUUAUGUCUUUGUCCUUGGCAUUCUGUUCACGGGCACCAAAGACUUACUUAAAUCUCAAGUCAUUGCUGCAGACUCCAAAAUCAAGACUGUAGGUUUAUGGGAGAUUUAUAGUGGAUUAGUCCUUCUGGCAGCCUUGCUCUUUAGACCACACAAUCUUCCGGUCUUAGCAUUUAGUCUCUUGAUUCAGACUGUCAUGACUAAAUUCAUCUGGAAGCCCCUGAGACACGAUGCAGCUGAGAUUACUAUAAUGCAUUAUUGGUUCGGUCAAGCAUUCUUCUAUUUCCAGGGCAACUCCAACAAUAUCGCCACUGUGGACAUCUCAGCAGGCUUCGUGGGCUUAGACACCUACGUGGAAAUCCCAGCCGUGUUCCUGACAGCGUUUGGCACGUACGCAGGGCCCGUGCUGUGGGCCAGCCACUUAGUGCAUUUCCUGAGCUCAGAAACAAGCAGUGGUUCAGCACUGAGUCACGCUUGCUUCUGCUAUGCACUGAUUGGUUCUAUUCCAGUUUCCACAUAUAUCAUUUUGGUGACAUCCCUGCGUUACCACUUGUUUAUAUGGAGUGUCUUUUCUCCAAAGCUGCUCUACGAGGGGAUGCACCUGCUCAUCACAGCUGCUAUCUGUGCGUUCUUCACGGCCAUGGAUCAGACCAGCCUCACAAAAUCUUAGACUAAGCUGGACACUAGGAAAAUAAUAGGUUUUUAAAAUCUGCUGUUUACUUCAUGCAUCUGAAUAUUGUAAAAUCUGUUUAAAUGCAAGAUCAUUCUAAAAAUAUAGAUAUGAAUUUUAUGAAGUGAUGAAUAGUUUUAAUUUCUUUGACCACUAUGCCUGAGUUUGGAUUAAAUAGUAAGUAGUUUAAUAAAAGGCCACUUUAAAAUCUUUAUGGUUUGUAUCACAUUUCCGCUAUUGACAAUCACUCUAGAAACUUCUGAAUUUUCAAUUUCCUCUGGAUAAAUUAUAUGACCCAAAUAUAAUAUAUUCAGUGUUUAAACUGAAGAAUAAAAAGGUUUCCAGCCUUUUUGUUGGCAUGUGUGAAUUUAAGAGAGCCCUGGAGCCCUAGGAAGAGGUGCAUCUGCUGCCAGAAUUUACCUCACAGCUCAGAGCUCUCAAAAUCCUAAAAACCCCUGAGGGCCCCAGGGAGCUUUGCUUUAUUAUGUGGGUUACAUGUAUGUGUUUGUGGCACUGGUAUAGAAUGAAACUAGGAUAAAAAAAUAAUCUAUGGCACAUGAAUAUAACAUUUUGUAGAAAAAUAACCCUAUUUUCCAAAACAAGAAUAUUUAAUGAGAGGAAUGACAUUGUUUUACAUUUUCGUAAAUCUCUAUAAUGUCUGGCUUAGUUCUGCAUUCAGUCUGUUGCGAUGUAUGUGUUUGGUUGAAGUAUAUGAAGAAAAUCCAGCCUCGCACAGAUAAGUAGUUGCAGAAAGGAGAAGUAUUUUAAUGUCCUUAUUCUGAUCAUUGUGGAUGUCCCUUUUUGAUACAAGCACCAAAAUUUGACAAAUGGUGUUUUCUUAAAGGUUAGUUGGACAACAGAAAAAGAAAUGAGUGCAAUAAAAACUGGUCAGAUCCUACUGAGUUCUGUAACUGACUUAACAGAAUUGUACCCAUAUCAUUUUCCUGCUUUUAACAAUGGAGUGUGGUUAUGUUAGACAUCGUCACUGGGGGAAGCUGGGGGAAGGGUACCUGAAACUCUGUACUGUUUUUGCGACUUCUUAUGAGUCUUAAACUAUUUCAAAAUAAAAUUUAUUUUUAAAAAGAUUAGU